AUGAUAUACCCUUCAAGACAUGGGAUGCGAAUACAUCGUCAAUGGUUCUAUUUUCGCAUACAUCGGAAAAAGGAUCAAAGUUGGGUUGGAGUUCAUGCUGAAUCUGCAUAUGAUAAAUUUGAACAGAAAAAGUUGGAGAUUUCUUCUCAGAAUCCAACUAUUCCAGGAGAGGACGAAGCUGAUAGUCAACCAACUAAUGAAAUGCCACCUGAUUUGGAUAUAUGGGUAGAGUCGGUUGGAAAGAAGAAAGGGAAUAUGGUAUUUGGUCUUGGAACCGCAUCUAAGACUUUGGUUUCUGUAUCAAAGAAACCCUCAAGUCUUUCAAGUGACUCUCAAGAGGUUGAUGUUUUGAGAAGUCAAGUCCAUGCCUUAAAUGCAUCGUUGCAAAGACAAGAACAAGAGAAGAUGGUGAUGAGGCAACAAUUGCAUCGACAAGAAGAAAAGAUGGCCGAAGCGAAUAAUAAAAUUUCAUUUUUAAUGAAUCAUUUAGGAUUUGUUGGGUCUUCUUCUCAUCCACCACAACCCACUAAUGAAAGUGAUCACGCAAAUGAAGAUGUCGUUGAUGAAACAGAUGAAGAAGACCUUAGUAAUGAAUUUUGA